AUGACGACUCUCUUCUCCAGACCACAACACAAGACAACACAAGACAACAAUAACCAACAACACCAAUACCAACCACAGCCUCUGCAACUGAGACAACCAUUGCAACAACUGCAGCCACAGCUACAACUUCCAAACCAACAUCUCAUCCCUUCACCACCAACAACCACCACCAUGUCUAUCCUCAGCCACAUCAAGCGCGCCCGCGACCACAAGGAGGCCGUCAAGGCCAAGGAGGUCGAGCAGCCCAAGACCACCAAGCCCACCCAGGCCUACCGUCACAUCCCCACGCACGCCGCCUGCGACUCGGUGAGCAGCGGCCCCAUGGGCUCUCGCCGCAACGACCGCUCCAAGGUUCGCGCUGAGAACCGCAAGCGCACUGCAAAGGCCGUGGCAGAGACCGUCGCCGAGAGCCACCACAUCCAGAUGAACUUUCCCGGCUCUGCGACUUCUUCUCCCUUUGCCAGCAGCAGCAGCAGCGGUUCUUCUACUGCCACCUACCAGGCCAGCGAGGCCGACUUCUACGACGGCGAUGUCAGCCCCAUGAGCCGGUCGCCUGUGCAGAGCUUCGGCUUCCCUGCCCCCCCUACACGCAACUUCUACCAGCCCAGCGAGGCGGCUUACCCUCAUCCUCUGUCUCUCAAGGGCAAGGAGGUUGUCCGGGGUCCGACAUACGGCAUGGCCUACUCGGUGUCACCCGGCAAGGACUCGCUCCCCGAGCACUUCCAGACGGCGCUCAUGAUCUGA